UUUACUGUGGAUUUUAUCACAUGUGACAAUAGUGUCGAGUUUCAUACAGUAAACGUUGUACAGCGAUUGUAAUGUAAGGUUGUGUUCAAAUAGAAUCAAAAAAACAUAGGCUAAUUUAUUUUUAUUACAUUAAAUAGGGAGAUAUUUUUAAUAAGCAUGGUCAUUGUGACGUUUAAUGUUAGAUCAUACAAGUGAAUAGAUGACUUGCGAGCAGUGAACACAGAUAAUUAUUAUAUUAUUAAAUGUAUUCCUUUACACCGAUGAUAAUAACUAUAUGGCAUUUGAUUUAAUCGAACGAAUUCUGUAUGUUUUGUUGUUUUAAUUUUGUAAUUCGUAAAAAAAAAUAUGUAUUGAGAUAAAAUCAAUCAUUUAAAAAUGUGUGUACCAAAGAAUAGAAAAGUUCAAUAUUUGGCGGGUAUAUGUGUUUCCUUCGCAUUUACAUUUACUGGAGCAGUAAUAUCAUGGCCUUCUCCAGCUAUACCGAAGUUUAUUUAUGGUGAUACAGGCGUAGAAAUUACAGAUGAACAAAGUUCCUGGGUUGUAUCUUUGGCCGCACUCGGUGCGUUACCAGGAUGCUAUCUUGGCAAGGAGUUGAGCGACAGGACGGGUCGACGCCUCACUGUUCUAAGUGCGCCUCUUCCUGGAUUUUUGGGUGCUCUUAUUAUUUUGUAUACCAAAAGUCCGAUAUUGAUGUGCUUGGCGCGAGUCCUAAUGGGUAUAGCGAAUGGAAUAACAGCUGUGGUUACAAUGAUAUAUCUUACCGAGAUAGCCGAUAAAGAUAUACGUGGCUCUCUAGGAAUGUUGGUGCAAGUAAUGAAUAAUUUGGGUAGUCUCGUUAUAUACAGCGUGGGGCCGUUCGUUAGUUACACCAUUCUGAACCUAAUCGUUUUAUCACUUUCACUUUUUUAUGGGUUAAUAUGCUUCUGGGUUCCGGAGUCCCCGUACUAUUACUUGGCUAAUGGAAGAUUGGCUGAAGCGAAGAAGGAGUUUAUGAUAAUAAAAGGCACUAAGGAUGAACUGUGGGUCAACGAACAGAUCGACGUGAUGCGCGCGCACGUGCAAGAGAAUAUGGAAAAUAAAACAACGCUUAAGGAACUAACGAAAAUGAAAUAUAGACGGACUAUUUAUAUAAUAGCAGGACUCAAACUUUUACAAUAUAUGACUGGGAGUUUGGCGAUACAGUCGUAUGUUGAAAUCAUAUUCAGACACAACACAAGCAUAUCGGGGCCAUUAGUCAGCAUAUUGUAUGGAUUUGUGCAGCUGGGAGCAGGUAUAUCAGCGACAUUUUUGAGCAGAUAUUACGGUAGGAGAAUUCUUCUAUUUAUAUCAACAUUAGGCGUUGCCGUUUCUUUAACGUUAGUCGGCAUAUAUUUCUUCUUACUCACUUCUAUCAACGUGAGCCCCGACAUUAUGUCGUCAUUGUGGCUGUUACCAAUUAUCGGAGUCUUGAGUUUUAAUAUAUUAUACGCUGUGGGUUUAGGUAAUAUACCGUAUAUAUUGCAAGCCGAGUUAUUCCCUAUAAACGUGAAAACACUAGCAUCGAGUUUAGCAACGAUGAUGGCGUGUAUCUUAAAUUUUAUCGUUACAAAACUGUAUCAGAGUGUUAAAGAUAUGUUUGGUAUUUAUACAGUUUUCUGGUUGUUCGCUAGCAUUGCAUAUAUGGGUGUGUUUUUCACGUAUUUCUUUGUACCUGAAACGAAAGGUAAGACUUUGGAGGAGGUUCAAGAUAAUAUACAGAAUGAUGAAGUCGAAAGACUCAAUAAAUUAUAAAAGUUAACCUAUCGGCUUAUAUUUAUUGGCCGAUAACCCGAUCGAUACAAUGUGGGUAUACAACACUGCAGUUAAAUGAUCAACGUAUUAACAAUUUUAAGCUAUUAAAAAUACUUCCAGUGAGAAGCGUUUGCAAUUCAUUAAGGGAUUUAUCAAUUUAUCGAUCCAUAAAAAUGAAUUUUAAGAUUGAAAUUGUUACUAAGUAUAUUGAUAAUGUUGACUAUUAAGUAACUAUCUUUUACCUGAAGGUUGUGUUCAUAUAAUGUAGACAUAAGGAUAAUUGAUUAAUAUGUACUAUAAAUCAAUGCGAUAUGUACUUUUGUACUUAUAUAUCUCGUAGCUAUUGAUUCAGGCUUACGUAAAAGUUUACAUUUAAAAUAAAAUGCGCGUUGACAAGUUAUACAUAAAUAGGUUUUAUUGAAGUCGAAAGUAUUUUGUUACGUAUGACUACGUUACUUGUAAGAUAUACUCGUUUUAUGAUCUAAAGAUUAUUACGAGAUACAAAUAUGAUUUAAUACACACAGACACAAACAAACAUACACAAAUCUUCACACGCUAAAAUAUCUAUUCGAGUAUCGCAUAUUGUGUCAACGCAAUUAUAUAUACUAAUAUACAUAUAUAAAACAGCAGUACUUGGUAUUGUUGUGUUCCGGUUUGAAGGGUGAGUGAGCCAGUCUAAUGACAGGCACAAGGGACAUAAAAACUUAGUUCCCAAGUUUGGUGGCGCAUUGGUGAUGUUAGCGAUGGUUAACAUUUCUAACAAUGCUAAUGUCUAUGGGCGUUGGUGACCACUUACCAUCAGGUUACCAUAAGCUCGUCCGCCUUCCUAUUCCAUAUUUUUUUUAUAGUUAUACUAAUUGUUAAAUAAGUAUACAUAAUAAAUGCAUGAUUUUUAAUAAUAUAAUUAAUUUAAAAAUAUUCUUUACUGUAACAAUGUUGUGAAAAUUUUGUUUGGUAAUUGUUUAUAACGAAAUAAUUGUUAAAACCUUAUUACACGUAUAUCAUUGGUUAUAUCUAUUGAUAUAAACUAUAUGCACAUUAUAUAUAUUUGACGAGCCGGUUGGCGUGGUUGGUAGAUACUUGCCUUUUCACGCCGAAGGUUGUGGGUUCGAUUCCCACCCAGGACAGACAUUUGUGUGCAUGAACAUGUCUGUUUGUCCUGAGUCUGGGUGUAAUUUUCUAUAUAAGUAUGUAUUUACAAAAGAAAAGUAGUAUAUGUAGUAUAUCAGUUGUCUGGUUUCCAUAGCACAAGCUUAAUUUGGGAUCAGAUGACCGUGUGUGAAAAAUGUCCCAGGAUAUUAUAUUAUUAUAUAACUUAUAGCUUCAAGACAGAUAAUAGCAUUAUUCGUCUCUAUGAUGUCUUACGUUAAUGAGUUGGUUAGGUAGCUUGUUUUAAAUUAUUAUUAUUAUAGUAGUCUUUUUCUACUCAAUAUGAUUAUAAUAGUGCAACUUUACCAAAUAUAUUAAAUGUAUUUGAGUGAAGUAAGUCAUGUAUUAGCCAUAUUAUAUUACUAAAUAUUGUUAUGU